GGCUGUUUUCAUCUGGCUAUAGCUACAAUAGCCAUGAUUGCAAAGUAAACAAAAUGGUAUCAUUAGUCAAACACCAAGUGUACGGAAUUUGCUGGCUUGAAUUGUUGAAUGACCUCACCAAGAACCGUUCUGUGUCACAGCUGCACUUCCCCUUUUUGGAUACAUGAAAGAAACGUCAACUCGAUACUAUCGCGCAACUCUUGUUAAUUUGAAACAAAUGAAAUAUGAUGUAUGUUGAUGUUGCAUGAUGUGUCGUGUAGUCAAGUGUUUUAACUCGAGCAUCUUUGAAGUGUGCUAUUUAUUUUGAAUGCCUGACUUUUUUUCCUGGUGGAUCGUAGUCUGAAGAUGUUGUUUUUCCAAUGUAAAACCCUCCCCUCCGUUAUUUUUUGGUUUGCAGAACCUACUAUUUUUCGUACAUAUGAAGCUAUACUGUGUUUUCAGAAAUCUGUCAAAUUGUCAGUUUUGUUACCAACUUGUUUUUAUAAUCUAAUUUAUACAAAGACUGUCAACAUUUUAACAGGGUUACAAAAAAGGACGUCUAGACCAUCUAAAUAUACAAUAGGCUUAUCCCGAAGGCCAUGUCUAAUGAACACGCACCCCUCCUCGCCCAUGGGGUGUGUGGUCUGUCUGUAGACACAGCAGUAUGUGGCAUGGGGGGGUCCGAGGGCACUGGGGAGGCCAGCACUCCUAAUGCUGUACCCCGAAAACUCAACACAUUCUUCGGGGUGAUAGUGCCCACCGUCCUCUCCAUGUUCAGCAUUGUCCUCUUCCUCAGAACUGGGUUUGUGGUUGGUCAUGCGGGGCUCUUGCAGGGUCUUGUGAUGCUGCUUGUAGCCUACACCAUUAUCUCCCUCACCAUCUUGUCCAUCUGUGCUAUUUCCACCAAUGGUGCUGUGCAGGGAGGCGGGGCCUAUUUCAUGAUCAGUCGAUCGUUGGGCCCAGAGUUUGGAGGAAGCAUUGGCCUCAUGUUCUUCCUUGCCAAGGUGUGCGCGUGUGGAGUGUAUGUGCUUGGUCUGGUUGAGGCCAUACUUGACAUAUUUGGUCAGGAUCCAGUGUCCUCCUCUGCAUUGCGGGUGCUUCCCCAGGGCUACUGGUACACAGUUCUGUACUCUUCCAUAGUUCUCCUGCUGGUUCUGUUGGUGUGCCUAGUGGGCGCCCACAUCUUCGCCCGCACCUCCUUUCUCAUCCUGCUGGUGGUGACCAUCUCCUUGCUGUCCAUCUACAUUAGCCCCAUGGCGCUGACCACGCCCCUAAACUUCCUCAUCUCCCACCAGGGCCCUGGCAACCAGACCCUCACCUACAACGCCAGCUACACAGGCUUCAACGGCACAACACUGAGGGACAACCUGGGCUCGAGCUACACUGUGGACUAUAGCACCGGUAAAGUAAUGUCAUUCGCCUCCGUGUUCGCUGUCAUGUUCACCAGCUGUACCGGAAUCAUGGCCGGAGCCAACAUGUCAGGAGAGCUGAAGAACCCCAGUGCUGCCAUUCCCAAAGGCACCAUUACUGCAGUCCUCUACACCUGCAUAGUCUAUGUCCUGCUCUUCAUCCUGGCCAGCUCCACAUGUGAAAGGACCCUGUUGGUUCAGGAUUACGGGUUCUUCCAGCGUAUAAACAUCUGGCCGCCAUUUGUAUCCAUUGGGAUCUACUGUUCCGCCCUAUCAGCAGCCAUGUGCUCUCUGAUUGGGGCGUCCCGGAUCCUCCAUGCCCUUGCACUGGACCAGCUGUUUGGUUUUCCAUUGGCUCCUGCUGCUAUCACUUCCAGCUCUGGUAACCCAUGGGUGGCAGUGCUGUACACCUGGGGGUUGGCACAGUGUGUGGUGUUUGCAGGCCAACUUAAUGCCAUAGCUGGCCUUGUGACAGUGUUCUACCUGCUGGCCUAUGCUGCUGUCGACUUGGCCUGUCUGGCUCUGGAAUGGGCAUCGGCCCCCAACUUCAGGCCCACCUUCCAGGUGUUCUCCUGGCACACAUGUCUGCUGGGCAUUCUGAGCUGUCUGGUGAUGAUGUUUGUCAUUAAUCCUGUCUACUCUUCAGCCAGCAUCAUCCUCCUCUUGCUGCUGUUGCUCUUCCUGCACUACAGAUCACCCACCAGCAGCUGGGGAUACAUCAGCCAGGCUCUCAUCUUCCAUCAGGUGCGUAAGUAUCUGCUGAUGCUGGAUGUGAGGAAGGACCAUGUGAAGUUCUGGAGGCCCCAGGUGUUGUUAAUGGUGGCCAACCCUCGCUCCUCCUGCCAGCUCAUCAACUUUGUCAAUCAGCUGAAGAAGGGCGGCCUGUUUGUGCUGGGACACGUGAAGCUGGGAGAUCUGGACACCCUGCCCUCAGACCCUGUCCAGCAGCAGUAUAACUUCUGGCUGAGUCUGGUGGAUAAGCUGGGGGUGAAGGCCUUUGUGGACCUGACUCUGUCCCCCUCUGUGAGGCAGGGCACACAGCAUCUGCUGCGUAUCACCGGCCUGGGCGGCAUGAAGCCCAACACUCUGGUCUUGGGGUUCUACGACAGUUGCACCCCUGAGGACUACUUCCUCCAAGACCCUGCCUUCUAUGAGUCAGAAGAGGCCGGAGGGGAUGAUUUUGGGGUAGAUCUGCCCUCUCUGCAAGCCCACUUCCCUCCAGUCCGCCAUGUGGAGAGCCCACGCUGGCUCACGCCAGAGGAGUAUGUGGGAAUCAUCUCGGAUGCCAUCAAGAUGAGUAAGAACGUGUGUCUGGGCCGCUACUUCUUCCAGCUGCAGGGAGAGAGCAUGGGGACCAAGAUGGACGGGGCUGAGAGGAUCAUCGACGUGUGGCCCCUCAACCUGCUGCGUCCGGGCAGCACCUCAGCAGCCUCUGUCGACGUGUGCAGCCUUUUCCUGCUGCAGAUGGCGUGUGUCCUCAACAUGGCCAGCAGAUGGCGCCAUGCCAGAAUGAGAAUAUUUCUGUGUGUGGAGGCAGAGUCAAGCGACCAGGGCUGGGUGGUUAAAGAGGAGACCUUCCGGGAGCUGUUGAGGAAGCUGAGGAUCAGGGCCUCCAUCAAAAUAGUGCCUUGGGACUCUGUGGUGCAGCUGUACGGACAGAAACAGACACAGGACGCAGAGCUGGGGGAGCUGGGCCUGAUGAGGCCGGCCCCAGCCCUCUCAGAGGACUUCUUGUCUGCAGUCAACUGCCUGCUGAUGGAGCACAGUGCUCAGGCUGCUGUCCGCUUCCUGUAUUUACCACGCCCCCCUACUCACUCUAGCCAAUCACAACAAUACCUUAGUCAGUUGGAAGCUGUGACUCACGGUUUAGGCCCAACCCUCUUGAUUCAUGGUCUCACCCCAGUCACGUGCACUGAGCUUUGAGUGUGUCACUGUGUUUAUGGGAUCAAUAUGUCAUGUAGCUAAAUUAAUCCUGAGCAUAAUAGAAAGGGCAGUCUGUUGAAUGCUUAAAAUAUGAGGUACAUGAUGUAUGUGUUAGUUAGACAAUAAACACACAGGCACGCUACACAACAGGACCUAUUAGUAUAGCUCUGUUCUGUAGGCACAUAGUUUCACAUCUUGUAAUGUAACUCAUUUGCACAACUACUAAUUUCAGAAAUGAACACAUUUGGCACCUAGUCAGUCACAGUAAAAAAAUCCUUCUUUAAGCUGUCUCCUCCCUUUCAUCUAUACUGAUUAAAUGGAUUUAACAAGUGACCUCAAUAAGGGAUCAUAGCUUUUACCUGGAUUCACCUUGUCAGUCUGUCAUGGUUUGUACACUGUGUAUAUUUAUUUGUUCAUACUGUAAUUUAAUGGAGUAGAAGAAGAGUUGAGUUCCAACUCUGGAUUCUGAAAUGGAGAAAAGGCUGCAUAUGUUUACUAGCUAUGGAAACCAGUAUUUUGUGUUCUUUUAUUUGAUGUUGAACACAUUCUCUUUCUAUUGACCCCUUUUCCCAGCAUAUUCCUCUUCAGAUUGUGACCCAGUUUGGGAGAGCUCACGACUGUCUGGACCACAUGAUCUCUUAGGAUUUUAGGUCAUUCACCAAUCGGUCAUGCUUGAAAUGCUGCUUUUCCGGACUAUUAUCUGGUCCACGAUGGAACAUGAAUUCAAAGUUCCUGACCCCCUAAUGCUUGACAAUAUUAUGUAAUGUUACACAAUCACAAAGGCACUAACAGGCAGAUUAAAUAUCAAUUGGUAAUUUAUUUUGUCAAAUUUUUUAUGUAUCAACUUUAUGCCAAAUGCUAAGGUGCAUCCCAUGAAUGUAUUACUUGGGAAAAGUAUUUGAAUGCUUCUGCUGUGCUUUUCUUAUGUACAGACGUAGGAAACAGAAUGUUACGGAGUUACUGCAAGGAGUUUUGUAUUCAUGGAAGCUAUUUUUAAAUACUAAUUGAAGCAUGUAUUAGGCGCUGUGUGAAAGCUUCUACAUUUAACACGACUUGUGGGACUUUUGUGCUUUAAGCAGAAAUAGGACUAUAAAGAGAACUGAAGUUACUAUAUGUUUCUGACUGCUCAGAAUCCAUGUACUGUUCUCUCGUUGUGUGACACAGACUGUUCUCCAGCGUCAGUGGAUUUCUCAUUGAGUGCCAGAUAGGCCACAAGCUAGUUCUGCAGGACAUACUUUAUUCAAGAAUAAGAAUAGACAACGUAUAACAUACUGAGUAACAUAUGUGUAGAGGAAACAGUAACAAAUGACAGUAAUUUGUGAAUGGGUUUGUAAAAUGCAAUAAAAUAAACAAUAGUAA